UCCGUGGGUUUUGUUCCGGAGUGGCCUGUUAUUAUUUUUGAGUGGCAGGAGAAAUCUCGCUCCUCCCAGGCUGACAACAUGGAUAUGUAUGCUGUGCCCAACCCCGAAAUACCAGAAUGUCCACCGGGGUUAGAGUACCUGACUCAGGUGGAUCAGCUACUCAUCAAACAGAAAGUGGAGCUCGUUGAAGCCCUCGUCGGUUUUGAGAGCAACAACAAGUACGAAGUCCGCAACAGCUUGGGUCAGAACGUGUUCUACGCCGUGGAGGAGAACGACUGUCUGAGCCGGCAGUGUUGCGGCCCCAUGCGCUCCUUCAACAUCCACGUCCUUGACAACUUUGGACAGGAGGUGAUCACCGUCACCAGGCCACUCAAGUGCAUGGCAUGCUGCUUCCCUUGUUGUCUACAAGAGCUGGAGGUGCAGUCUCCCCCUGGUAACACGGUGGGGUACGUUAAACAACAGUGGCACCCGUUCUCCCCCAAAUUCAUCGUCGCCAACGAACACUCCGAGCCCGUGCUGAAGAUCAACGGGCCCUUCUGUGGAUGGAGCUGCCUACCUUGACUUUGACACAGAAAAAACAUUACGUUUGUGAAAACAGGACACGGUGACAUUCUGGCCCUCCGGACAUUUAUUUUGUGUGUGUAGGGGGGGUUUUGCAAGGGAUCCUCCUCGUGCUCCGAAGCAGGAAAUAUGUUUCCAAUCAGAGCGGGCGGUAGCUUGGAUGAAGCCGUCGCACAGGGCACGCUCUUGUGUGGUACAGUGUGGCCAUUGUUGCACGGCUCAGCUGGUUUUAUUAGAUUGAGCAGUCAAGGGGAUUUGGGUCAGUGAUACAGACCUUUUACUAGACCCAGAAGAGGGGUAACUGAAGCAUGAUAUUACCAUCCCGGUUCUUCCCUUGCUGCUUUGAAGUCAAAUUCAAGUUACUGUGGCAAAGGGCAAACAGUUGAAAUUGGAUGGGAUUAUGAAUUGUUCCAUGUUUUCCCUCCAACGAAUUUGAUUGAUCUUCAUUCUAAUGCAACGCACGUCUGCAUCGUGUCCUCUCUUGUGACUCUUUCUGCAGAUUCUGACGAUGGAUGAAGUCAGUAAGAUUGGGAAAAUCAGUAAGCAGUGGACGGGGCUUCUCCGGGAAAUGUUCACAGACUCUUUAUUCCAAUCGUCUAUUCUCUCAUUACGUCUAAUUACUUAUGUGUGCAAUACUUUCAGUUAUGACAAAAUACCUGUUUUCAUGUGAAAUACUAAAUGAGACCUGUGGCCUCAAAUCAUUUGUAAAACCAAUAAGAGUGGUUAUCGCAGGUCUAGACCAUACUCUUAACUUUCUUUAUAUUAUAGUGAUUACUUACUGUCAUCAGACCCACCAACAUGUGAAUAAAUGCUUACACGAUAGUGAUUAUUUUCUAAUGUUCAAUUAAUCAAAUGUGUUAUUGUUGAAUAGGAGCAACUACUGUAUGAGCCGUUCCAAGCUGUUCUCAAGUAGCUCUUUUCA